AAGAAAGUUUAAAGAAAGAAAAAACAACAGAGGGCAGGGAUAAGGUUGAGCUCAGAAACACUACUGAUCCAGACGAACCUGCAGGACUGAUGGACAGCGUUACAGGCCGUCAUGUAGCGCUGAAAUGCCUGCAGGACUCUGAUCCAAAAACAUCCUCAGCUUUGCUUCCGCUCCCUCAUCCCUGCCCUCCAACUGGGGCAAAAGAAACACACCUAAUGGAUUCUAUGAAACGUUGUUCCGAUUCUUUACCACGAGAGGGCGGUCCAACACCACCGAAAAAGGGACAUCUCAGCACUGAUAGUUUACACAGGGAGAUAAAAACUGCUCCAUCAACAAACCCAGAAAGGACGAAAGGCCAGAGGAAUAAAGUCGUGUGGAAUUUCAUCAAUGAAGAUGAUUUAGAUUUGAUUAAAAAUAAUUUCAAUAAACCAUUAUUAAACCAUGUUAGAAAAUAUAAUGAAGAGGUUUUAGAUUUUACGGAAAAUAAUUAUUCUAAUAAACCAUUACGUGAUAGAAAAGAUUUAAAAGAUAAGUUUUUGCAAAUGCUUAAAAACCAACCAAAGUCUUUAAUGGAAAACAAAUAUAAUCAACAAGCAUUUGCUAUUUUAAAAAAGACAAACAAUGAAGUAAAUAAUGAACAAUGUGAUUUAUUUACCGAGGAAAAAGAAGAAGAAAGUAUGAAUAAUGAGAUUGAAUUAAUCGGUCCAUUUGUUCCAAAGGGUAAAAAACACAGUGAGGACCUUUUAAUUAAACAACUUAAAAAAAGGAAUAAUUUUUCUGAAGCUUGGAUAUACACAACAAAUAGUCCUUGUUUAGGUAGAAAAUCUCAUUCCCCCAGUUUCAUAUACCCUGUUUGUAUAAUUUAAUCAAUUUGGCAAUAAAUCAUAAGAUUAAAAUGUACAUUGGUUUCUCAAAAUAUUAUAUCUUUAUCAAAAACAUGUAUGAAUUUAUUCAAAAUCUGGAAGACGAUAGACUGAGAAACUGGAAUCCUGACCAUAAAUUUCAGGUUCAAUUCAAUAUUACAGAAUUCAUAUGUACACGUAAAGAAAAUAUGAAAAUAAAUGACAAUAAGUGGAAAGCAGCCCGUAAUAUAAUAAAGAACAUUGUUUCUGAAUAUUCAACCUUAGAAAUGACAUACAGCGAGUGGCAUCAGACAGGAUCAGAAACAUCAGUAAUGUUUGAAUCCACACUGAGAGAAGAGAUGAAGAAGAUGAUGGAGAGCUCUGAUGAAGAGUUCAAUAAGAUUACAAAGGAGUAUAAGAGCUGGUGGACUCUAAGUGUAGAUGAAAAUCUAAACAGACACAUAGUUCCAUCUGUUUUAGAACACAUCCAGGGCCUUUAUCCUAAUCUGGAGUUUUUCCAGGUUGAUUUGGAGCAAUGCUUGAAUUUGGCUAAUGAGGAAUAAUUGGAAUAUAAUUGGAAUAAAUCUCGCUAAUGCUAA